AUGUGGCUUCUGUUGACAAUCUUAUUUCAAUUUGUUUUGCCUAGUCCGCAAGGCCUCGUUUUUGUCCAUGUUUGUGGUGCCGUGUUUAUGAUACUUCCUCCUCUGAAUUGCAUAAGAGUAUUGCUUUGUAUCCGUCGUCAUAACGCCCAUCUGGUUGUUGCUGCUCCGUCUCAGAUGACAAAAGUAUUUCAGCAGAGAAGAAAGUAGCAAUUGACAUAGCCUGCGAGCAAGCUCUCCUAUUUGGGCAAGCGAAGCGAGCCUCGCGAGUUCUCGCGAGACUCGUUUCACUCGCCCAAAUAGGAGAGCUUGCUCGCAGGCUACAAUUGACAUGUGCAUUAUCACUGUCUCGCUUUUCGCUUCUAUCUCGCCCGGUAUGGUCAUGAUGUUACUUCAAAUCAGAUAUCCUGGAAUUCACUCUAUUCUGCAUCCUUGGAGUUUUACAAUGUCGUCUAUUACCUCCUCUAUUAAUCCGGUAAUUUAUUUUGGGCGGAAUAAGAACUUGAGAAGAGCCUUGAAAUCCAUAAUGAACCUUUAA